ACAGCCUUAGCUUUCUCCAGUGGGCAUGUUAGUGACCAACAGGAGGCAGCAGGGUGUGCGUGGACUGCACAGCACACUGCUGGACUGCUGCAGUCCUUGAGGAAUGUGACUGAUCAUCUGCUCAAACAGCAGCUGAAAGACGUCUCUGGUAAGAAUGCUACUGGCCAACAGGAGGCAGCAGAGUGUGCAUUGAGUCCACAGCAGACUGCUGCACUGCUGCAGUCCAUGAGGACCGUGACUGAUCUACUGUACAAAGAGCAGCUGAAAGAAUGCCCUGAUGCCGAAGUGCCCGACAACGGAGGGUUGGCGUGUGUCACAGGGAACAACAGGCGCUACUGCAAACCUAUGUGCAACUAUGGGUACGACUUUGCGUUCAUGAGGAGGAGCCGUUUGUAUGAAGAAUGCAGUAAAGAGACAGGAUAUAAAUGGAACACACAGUACAUCGGAGGAAACAAACUGGCAGUGUGCAACAAAGAGCCAAUUCAGGUUUCAGGAGCGUCAUCGGCAUAUUUUCCAAAAGAUCGGGACUGCCUGACGACCAAGACCCAACAUCUGGACAGCUUCAUCGACAGUAUUACCACUGAGAUACAGAGCCAAGGAAUACAGGGAAAACCAGAGAACGCCUGUCUUUUAUGUGGAAGACCAUAA